UCCAAAAAUAUAAAAAAAAUUAAAAAUCUAUAGCCAAUUCUCAUCCCACGACUCCCACGUUAUAUUGCUUAGCCUGCGGUCCACCGAGUACCAAUUACCUUUCGUACACGACCUUGCAGAUUGAUCGUUCGGCGAAACCCUCCUGGUCCUGGUCACGAAUCCGAAUUAGGAAAAAAUGGAGAUAAUUCGGGUAUAUGUGGCAACGCUGCUUCUCCUAUUGGGGAUCAUCUCCGCUUUACAGGUGGUUGCGGUGAAACCAAUUCUUCCAAUAAAGCCUAGAACUGAGAUUCUUCAGGAAGAAAUCGUUUGGCACAUAAAUGCAAACCCUAAGGCCAGAUGGGAAGCUGCCAUGAAUCCUCGCUUCACCAAUUACACUAUUGCGCAAUUCAAGCACCUCCUUGGAGUGAAACCAGCACCUCAAAAUGAUUUGGAGGGCAUUCCUGUUAUAACUCAUCCUAAAUCUUUGAAUUUGCCAAAGCAAUUUGAUGCAAGAAUGGCUUGGCCUCAAUGUAGCACCAUUGGGAAAAUACUUGAUCAGGGGCAUUGUGGUUCUUGUUGGGCUUUUGGUGCAGUGGAAUCCCUAUCUGAUCGAUUCUGCAUCCAUUUUGGCAUGAACAUUUCGCUUUCUGUUAAUGAUCUCUUGGCAUGCUGUGGCUUUAUGUGUGGAGAUGGGUGUGAUGGGGGAUAUCCUAUCUCUGCAUGGCGAUACUUUGUUCAUGAUGGUGUUGUUACUGAAGAGUGUGACCCUUAUUUUGAUGAAAUCGGCUGUUCUCAUCCUGGUUGUGAACCUGCAUAUCCUACCCCAAAGUGUGAGAGGAAGUGCAAGGAUGCGAACCAGGUUUGGCAAGAGUCAAAGCACUUCAGUGUCGGCGCAUACAGAAUCAGUUCUGAUCCUUACAGCAUAAUGGCAGAAGUCUAUAAAAAUGGUCCUGUUGAGGUCUCCUUCACUGUCUAUGAGGAUUUUGCUCAUUAUAAAUCAGGAGUUUACAAGCAUAUUACAGGUGAUGUCAUGGGAGGGCAUGCUGUGAAGCUAAUUGGGUGGGGAACCACGGACGAUGGAGAGGAUUAUUGGCUUCUUGCAAACCAGUGGAACAGAAGUUGGGGUGAUGACGGUUACUUCAUGAUCAGGAGAGGAACAAAUGAAUGCGGGAUCGAGGAGGAUGUGGUUGCUGGUUUGCCUUCAUCAAAGAACCUAAUCAGAAAACAAAUCGGUGUUGAUGCCAGUCUACAUGUCUCAUUUUGACUGUAAAUCAUUCUAUUCACUAUCAUGGUGUGAAACUUGAAAUAGUAAAUAUUAGCAAUUUAGCAUGUGUAUUAGCUAUGCAUGGAAAUAACUUGCAUGGCUGUAUUUGUACUAAUAGGAUUCUUAGAGCUUUUUAAAUAGUAAAUAUUAGCAUCUGUAUUGUCUAUGCACGAAAAGAACUUGCAUGGCUGUAUUUGUACUAAUAAUAGGGUUUAUACUAGCUUGUAGCAUAUAAUGUUUGUUAAAGAAACUUGGAUUUUUCCAGGAAUCUCAUCUCUUC